CUGCGUCUCGACGUUCUGACGGAUUACAACGCAAAACGAGUGCGUCACGAGAGGUGAUAACCGACGGACAAUUUUCACCCGGGUAUUCGUUUACAAAUUGAAUUGUUUAUUGAUAGUGAGGUGGAAUUAUUUAUCUCCGGGGUGAAUUAUACUUUGAGUGUAAUCCAGUGAUAAGUUGGGGCGAAAUGCACCGAGAGUGCUCGUAGGACUUGUACAGCUUUUGUGAUUUUAGACUUUUGGUGGUUUUUGAGGAUUGAUCAGGUGGAUUUGUGAGAUUGGAGAUGAACGGAACAGCUGCUCUUGGAGAUGGUCCGAUGCAGCGGCAACCGUCGCAGAAUGACACCGGAUCCGAUCACCCGAGGAGUCCUAGUCCCUUGAGUGUUCGUCAUGAUUCCGGAGAAUCGAGUGUGAUAUCACCAGGACUUCCUGAGCGUUACAGUCCAAUGGGAACAACAGGCUCUGCCUCGAGUCAUGAUCCUUACGCAUCUCGAUCGGUUCAGGAGUGUCCUGUACCUCUCUGUCGUGGAAUGCCAACGGAUUUUCCUAUGGCUCGUUCACCGUAUUUGACUGCCCUGGGAAAUGGCCACUCACAUCUACUCCAGGUUCAGCAGCAGCACGUGCAGCAGCAGCAGCAGCUGUCGCAGUCUCAUCAGCAGCAGCAGCCGCAGCCCCAGCACAGCAGUAAACCCAGGAGUUUGGGGCUCAUAUGCGUCGUCUGCGGGGACACAAGUUCAGGGAAGCAUUAUGGCAUCCUGGCUUGCAAUGGGUGCAGUGGAUUUUUCAAAAGGAGCGUUCGCAGAAAGCUCAUCUAUCGAUGUCAAGCGGGAACUGGCAGAUGCAUCGUUGACAAGGCACACAGGAAUCAGUGCCAAGCCUGUCGUCUCAAGAAGUGCAUGCAAAUGGGAAUGAACAAAGAUGCUGUUCAGAAUGAGAGACAGCCCAGGAACACAGCGACUAUCAGACCUGAAGCACUCGUGGAGAUGGAUCAGGAGAGAGCCCUGCGAGAAGCUGCUGUUGCCGUAGGUGUUUUCGGACCACCGGUUUCUCUGGCGAUGGCGCGGUACGCAGCCCCGAUGCCACUUCCCGCGAUGCAGCCAACUGCCAAUACCACCAGCACUUCGUCACCCCCUCGGCAGGAUGUGGAGGAUGGCAAUGCAUCGGAAGACAGCAUAGACGUGACAAAUGAGGAGCCCCUGACACCCCAGCGAAAUCUAUGCCCCCAAAUGCCCCCUGUGAUGCCGUCAUUAUACUCCCCAGCGAGUGCUGAAACCGUGUACGAGACGAGUGCACGUCUCCUCUUCAUGGCUGUCAAAUGGGCCAAGAAUCUCCCGUCAUUCGCAAGUCUGCCAUUUCGCGAUCAAGUUAUACUCCUGGAGGAGGCGUGGUCCGAGUUGUUUCUGUUGAAUGCAGUGCAAUGGUGUCUUCCACUCGAAUCGUCACCUCUCUUCAGCGCUGCUGAACUCACAGCCCUGACACUAUCCCCACACUCCCAUCCCCAUUCUGGGAUGCACACACCAAAUGGGGGUAAACCCAGUCAAGUGGCUGCCGAUGUUCGACACCUGCAUGAUACACUUCAGAGAUACAAGGCUGUUAUGGUCGAUCCAGCUGAGUUUGCCUGCAUGAAAGCCAUUGUGCUGUUUAGACCAGAGACUCGUGGACUGAAAGAUUCGAGUCAAAUAGAGAAUCUUCAGGAUCAGGCCCAGGUGAUGCUGGGCCAGCAUGCACGAACCCAGCAACCGGGCAGUCCAGCGAGAUUCGGUCGACUUCUACUCAUGCUUCCUUUAUUGAGAACAGUACCAGCAGCUCGAGUGGAAUUAAUCUAUUUCCACAGGACGAUUGGUAACACCCCGAUGGAGAAAGUCUUGUGUGAUAUGUACAAGAAUUGAAUAGUUUCAAUGAACUGAAGUGAUUGAUGUUCUUUCCGCAUAGUUACACAGAGAAAAAAUAUUUCUCACUCACAGGGAAUAAAUCCUUGAUUCCAGGAACUCUCGGUAGUCGUUAUUUAUAUUAUCCGUUGGAAUUGGCGAAUUUUUUUUAUUGAUUUAACAUUAAAUUCCCGCUGGGAAUUGCCAGAAAUUUUUUUUAUAGUCUAGAGUUAUUUUUUUUCAUUUUGAUAAAAAGAGUAAUUUAUUUAAAAAAUUGGUCUCGUUGGUUUUUAAUUGAAAAUUCUAGAAUCAAGAGACUUUUUCUGAAGAUAAAGAAGUCUUUGUUGUCUGUGUGUAUUGAGCUGGAGGCCUAAAAGCUACUGAAAAUAUUACCCUAAAAAUAUGAAAAAUUAUAAAUGAAUUGUCGGCCUCUCAACGGAAUCAAUUUAAUAACCAUGUAAAAUAGAGAAAUGUUAAUCCUAGAUGCGUAAGGUUCAUAAUUAUUUGAUAAUGCAAUAAAGAAUGCAUGGCAAUUACCGAUAAUUCAUGAGGGCUGGGGAGAAGCAAUGUAUAUCAAUGUAUUUAUUUAUCACUGGGCAAUUCAGGGGUGAGUCGGUAAAAUAAGAUGAAUCAAUUUUUUUUACUGAGAAUUCCAAAUCAUUGGGCUAUCGGCAAUUUCGAAAAAUCUUAUAAAUAUCUUGGAAAUAUCCGGAAAAUCUUAAAGAAAAGAGCAUAAACAAAUCAUAGUAAUGGUGGAGGGGAAUAAAUUGGGGCUUCAAGUAAAAGAAUAAAACCCCAACAAUAAGUGAUAUCGAAUCAUCCAGUUUCACCCCCUCAUCCCCGAAUUAAUAGUUCUCGUAGAAUUCGGAAACGUCGACAUAUAUCGCCAUGUGAUUACCACUCCGACGUUUCAGAUAAUUCAUGUUGUGAUAACGUCGUUGUAGA